AUGGGACGGAGCUGGCAAGUCCUGCUGAAAGCCUUGGUUGAGAAACGGGGGGCCAAUGUCAACCUGCCGGACGGCCAGGGAGACCUGCCCAUCUGCCUCGCAGCCCAUGCCUGCCGUUCCUCCAGCAAUCCGCAGCUGAAUGAAUCGCUGAAAAUUCUGUGUGCAGCCAAAGCCGAUGUAGGCCGCCGAGCUGAGAAAGGACAGUUCCAAGGGCAGUCUGCGAUCUCCAUCGCUUUGAGGGGCAGCAACAGUGAUCUUCUCAGGCUCAUGCUCCAAAGUGGCGCCGGCGUCGCCACCCACGGACGGGGUGAGACGUUGCUCCAUGCGCUCCCAGAAAGGUUGAUUCGGAUGGCUGCAUGGAAUGGCAAGGAGGAGAAGUCCGCCGCUGACAUCUUUGAGACGAUUUGCGCGUGCGUGCCGGCGGAUGCUCUGAAGGGCAUGGCCGGCACGAUGGAGCAGUUCGGCCUUCGCCCGCUCCACUCGGCCAUCUUGCACUUCAACCAGGCCAUCGCUGCCCUGCGUGCUACCCGAGAAGCCAAGGCCGCGGAGAUGCGGAACCUUCAGAAGCAGCUCGAGGAUGCCACCAGCAAGAGCCAGAGUACGACGAUGUCGCAGAUUCGCCACGCGAUCACUGCCAAGGAGCCUGAGCUCCAAGCUGCCAUGGCGACGGAGGAGGCUGGCCGGAACGAUUUCCAGAAGUUCCUGAAGUGGAUCAUGGAUGUCGCCGGUGCAGACCUCCUGGUGCAGGUUGGCGAGCUCGAGAAGCCCUGGAACGAGAUCGAGAAGCCGAAUGCUAGCAAGACACCCCCGACGCUGCCUCCGAAGCUGUCGUCCACGAUUUGGUCGGUGUUUCCGCCCCACAAGGAUGUCCUUGAUCGCAGCGUACCCGCCCACUCGCAGGAAGUCUACUUCAAGUACCAUCCUGGUGUUGGCCUCGCGACGCCGCUCAUGUUCCUCAUCCAGAGUGGUGACUCACCGAGCGUGGCAUGGUUCUUGGAGGAGCUGGCGAAGAGAGGCAAUCUGGAGGAAGCCUUGAAAAGUUCCACGCUCUUCGGCUUUACUCCGCUGGCCCUCGCCGUCCAGCAAAGGGGUGCCCCUCUCUCCGAGGAUGUCGUUGCACGUCUUGCCUCACCUGGCGCUGCAGCCGUCCGCCAGUUUGACGGGCGUACUGCCCUGCACCUUGCCACUGCAGGCGGCCCGAGCAACUGGUCAGGAAGCCUUCGCGAAGGUGGCAAGGAUCCCCGUGCUGUGGCUUUCCAGGCAGCUCUUACGGCCGCCAAGGCGGCAGGAACCCUCAAUGUCGCAGAUGCCUCCGGCCACACUGCCUUGUGCGCCGCCUUGUCUGCCAACGGUCCGGCUGCGCCGAAGCUGCUUCAGGAGUAUCCGUUGGGUCUCUAUGGCGGCCUGUUCGCCGAGAAGGAGGCCACGAUCACUUCAGUGGAGAUGGAGAUGUAUCAAGCCUUCCAAGAGAAGGAGAAAGAGAUGCUCUCCGGCGCCAAGCUGCUAGCACCGGUUGCUGGCACUGCUGGCGAGUCCCUGACAGUCGUCGGCAUGGGCAAGCACAUCAAGUGGGGCUUCGACGAUGAGGGCGCCUACGUUAGUGGCAUCAAGAGCCCCGAAGCGGAGUCGAAUGGCAUCAAAAUUGGAAUGCGAUUGACCAUGAUCGAGGGCCAGUCUCUGGCGGGCAUGACCAGGCAGCAGAUUACAAGCUCCUUCUCCAACCUGAGAGGUUCCACGGGAACGCUAUGCUUCCAGAGCCCCGGCGGAGCGAGUCCGGCAGCGCAGCCUUCAAUCGGCUUCGGCUUCGGUCAGAGCCCGGCACCGGUGCAGCAAGCCCCGGGCUUCGGAUUCGGCGCCAAAGCCGCAGCACCCGCCGUGGGCGGCUUUCCCGGCUUUCCUGCCGCGCCAGCCUUCGGUGCCGCGCCGGCCUUCGGUGCCGCGCCGGCCUUUGGUGCGCCGGGCUUCGGGGCACCUGCUUUUGGUGGCCCAAACCAAGGCGGCUUUGGGGGAGCUACCUUCGGCCAGCCUGCCGGAGGAGGGCUCUUCGCAGGAGGAGGAGGAGGAGGAUUCGGUGGAAGGACGGCGAAGAUUGCGGUCAAAAAAGCAGCAGUGACCCACGUUGGACCUGGAUUUGGUCAGAGUCAUCAACAACAGCAGCCGCAAGCAAGCAAUCCUGAAUCAUCAGCUACGGCGGCUCCGAAGAUCGUACAGUCUGCCGAUGCGUGCUUCUACAGCCUUGAUGCAGGCACCAUCCGCACCGUCCCAUGCCAGCUGACCCAGGGGCGCUGGCAUUUUGAGCUCCGCCACACCUACCUCAACGACGCGCGCAUCGGCUUCGCAGUGAGCUGCGGCGGCCAGAGCCCAGAGGUGAAAUGGCUCACGGACAAGCGGCCCUGGCCUACGAACGGCACCGUUGGUAUCGCAAUCGACUGCGAUGCCGGCACGGCAUACCUGGUUGUUGACGGCCGGUCUGGCUCCUCCACGCCCCUCGCAUCCGGCUCCGGAUCUUCGUUCACACCGGUCAUCAGUGGCCGUGGGCUUUGCACGAUCAGCUUCGACAACUCGCGGACGUCAGAAGACCUGCCCUUUAUGCCCCUGAAGGAAGCAAUCCAGUUGAUAGCUUUGAUCCAUGUUAUCCGUUUCAGCCAUCGAACCCUGAGCCUCUAA